AUGCUCUCUCGUCCCAUUAUCGGCAUUAUCAACACGGCGUCUGGCUUCAAUCCUUGCCAUGGGAACGCCAAUCAAUUGCUGGAGGCUGCCAAACGAGGCAUCCACUUGAAGGGCGGUAUAGCAAUCGAUUUCCCGACCAUCAGCUUGCACGAGGGAUUCUCACACCCGACGAGCAUGUUUCUGCGAAAUCUGAUGAGUAUGGAUACGGAGGAGAUGAUUCGCGCACAGCCUGUGGAUGCUUGUAUUAUGAUCGGAGGUUGUGACAAGACUGUUCCUGCGCAAAUUAUGGGAGGAAUCUCUGCAAAUAGACCCGUGCUUCCUCUUCUCACCGGCCCCAUGAUGCCAGGCAGUCAUCGAGGAAAACGAAUCGGGGCCUGUACCGACUGUAGGAACAAUUGGGCAUCCUACCGAGCAGGAACCAUUGACAUGGAGGAGAUAGCGGCCAUCAAUGAAGAACUCGCUCCUACGAUCGGAACCUGCGGAGUGAUGGGCACCGCUAGUACAAUGGCUUGUAUCACGGCUGCUCUUGGACUUAUUCCUGUGCAGGGUGCGUUUGCACCUGCUGUGUCUGCCGCCAGGAUUCGCAUCGCUGAGCAGACUGGUGCAAAUGCUGUUGCUGCUGCUCAGAACCGGAGAACACCACAGACUAUCUUGUCUGCUGAAUCGUUCUACAAUGCGGCGAUCGUUCUCCAGGCCAUCGGCGGCUCUACGAAUGCUAUGGUACAUCUGAUUGCCAUUGUUAACCGUCAUCCGGGCGUCAAGGGCUUGAUCAAUCUUAACACGUUGGACGACGUCGGCCGUCGGACUCCGCUUCUCGUCGACUUGAAACCUAGCGGCGACAACUACAUGAACGACUUCCACAAUGCAGGCGGCAUGCUGUGUCUUUUACAUCGUCUACGGCCACUUCUUCAUCUCUCUGCGAAAACCAUCACCGGAGAGACACUCGGCGAGUUCCUGGACCGAAAUGCUUUCCGUGACUUCGAGUACUCAUUGAGCAUCAUCCGAACCUUGUCCGAUCCCUUGCAUGUGUCCUCGUCCCUCAUCGUUGUCGAAGGAAAUAUUGCCCCUAACGGCGCCGUGAUGAAGGCCUCUGCCUCGAAAGACAAGCGACUCCUUCGUCACACGGGGCCCGCGGUGGUCUUUGAGAACUCAAGUGACUUGGCUUCGCGUCUUGAUGAUUCUGACCUCGAUGUCACGGCAGAUUCGGUCCUCGUUCUCAAGGGCAUCGGGCCCAUCGGCCAUCCGGGAAUGCCGGAGGCGGGCAUGAUACCUAUCCCGCGCAAACUGGCUGCUCGGAGAGUCGCGGAUAUGCUACGCAUCUCGGAUGGGCGUAUGUCUGGUACGGCGGGAGAGACAAUUGUUCUGCACAUUUCGCCUGAGUCUGCGAUUCCGGGGUCGCCAUUUGGAAUCAUUUGA